UGAAUACAUUCAACCACUCCGAAACGGCCGCCAAUGAUAGUCACUCGUCUCCGUCCUGCAGUUCUGCGUCUGCCGGCGACUUUGGGUCGGCAUGGAUGUGUCAAUUGCACGAAACGAUUCAUAGCCUCAGGGCCGCCUCAUUCACCGGCACCAACCGCCGCAGUUCCAGCUGCAAUCCUCAGUUCAUUGACGAAUGAGCUCGAUAAGAUUGCUCCGAGAUUCGAGGUGGAUGCAGAGAGGAUCCAGAUAAUAAGGAGCCCUGCGGAUUUCUAUGCAGAACUUAAGAAACGGAUACUCAAGGCAAAGACACGGAUAUUCCUGUCCACGUUAUAUAUCGGAAAGACCGAACACGAGCUGAUCGAUACCCUACGGCAAGCCCUUCGGUCUCAACCCAGCUUGAAAGUUUCAAUUCUUUCGGAUGCAUUGCGAGGAACCCGAGAGACACCAAAAGCCUCAUGUGCCUCUCUGCUUGCCCCUCUGGUGGAAGAGUUUGGCGAGGAAAGAGUGUCAAUAAGGAUGUAUCACACGCCGAACUUCACCGGCCUCAAGAAGAAGAUUGUGCCCAACCGGUUGAACGAGGGAUGGGGACUGCAGCACAUGAAGCUCUAUGGUAUCGAUGAUGAGAUCAUAAUGUCGGGGGCAAACCUUUCUACAGACUACUUCACCAACCGUCAGGACAGAUACCAUCUAUUCUCCUGUCCACACUUGACCGACUACUUUGAGCGGAUACACAAUGCUGUCUGCUCCAUAAGUUAUAGGGUCCUACCAGGGCCGGAGGAAGUGGGUGGAUAUGUCUUGGACUGGCCCGAAUCAAAUCCGGCACCCAUCCCAGUCGACGAACCGGAGCGUUUCAAGAUAGCGGCCACAUCGCUGCUCGGCCCGUUGAUGCUGCCGCCGGCCACAGGCGCAAACACACCCCCGACAGUAGCAAAAACAGUUGUAUACCCGGUUGGACAGUUUACACCACUAUUGCAUCCGACUGACAUCUCCACGGAACAUCCGGCGCUGUCAACGGUGCUACGCGUCCUCGGCGAGGAGAAGGGCUCGAAGUGGCUAUUGACGGCUGGAUACUUCAACAUCCACCCGCAGCUAAAAGAAUUACUUCUAAACUCAAAGUCUAUCAAGGGAACUGUUGUGACUGCCGCCCCAGAAGCGAAUGGAUUCUACGGCAGUAAGGGAGUCUCGGGCAUGCUUCCACCAGCAUACACGCUACUCUCCCGUCGCUUUCUGGAAGACGUGAUCAAACUCGGCAAGGAGAACAGUAUCGAGUUGCGAGAGUGGAAAAAGGGUGUCCACGGCAAAGACCCCAAUGCGUGGACAUACCAUGCCAAAGGUGUGUGGGUGACAAUGCCCAACGAAGAUAGCCCCAGCAUCACGCUGGUAGGCUCAUCCAACUACACGAAAAGAUCGUACUCCUUGGAUCUCGAAAUGAAUGCUUUGGUCGUGACCAAAGACGAGAAACUAAAGAAGCGCCUGGGUGCGGAAACCGAUUGGUUGCAAGAGAACACGCAGAAGGUUACUCUAGAGGACUUCCAGCGCAGCGAAAGACGGGUAUCCCUCAAAGUUAGACUCGCACUCUGGCUGGUGGGUGUGCUCGGCGGCCAGUUGUAAAGUUAGGUUUUGUACGAUACGAUGGCUUUUUUUUGAGCACGGUGGUGGUGAUGAUCCAAGGAGUGAUCGCUGUAAAGUUUUUAAAACGUAGAUAUACCCGAGACCGCCGCUCCUAUGUAUGUCGAUGUUGCCAAAGUCUCUAGUUCACUAGAGUGAUGUACGCAAAGUGGGCG